AAAAUAAAAGCAGAUUUCAAGAUUUCUUAGAGAGAGAAAGCAAAGAUUUGAUUUUGAGAGAUAGCAAACAAACAGCACUGACAGCUACUCCUAUCAUUUACAUUUUUAUUUAUUUAUUUUUUAAAACAUUACAUCGUAUAAAAUCUCUGGCUCCAAAUCCAAUCCUCCAACACGCCUGGUUUCAAUUUUUGCCUCUGCUUCCUGCAACUUACAGAAGAAGCUGACACUCUUUUUCCUCCUCUUUUUCCUUCUAUUCUAUGGCAAACAGUGUCGUUUCCCGGCGUUGGAGGUCCCAGAAGAUCGAUGGCUUUGAUCUCUCACCUCCUGAUGAUGAACAAGUACACGUUUUAGCGGUGGAUGACAGUCUUGUUGACCGUAAAGUCAUUGAACGUUUGCUCAAAAUCUCAAGCUGUAAAGUGGAUAGUGGAAUUCGAGCUCUGCAAUUCCUGGGAUUAGAUGAAGAGAAGAACUCCUCUGUUGGUUUCGAUGGCUUGAAGGUGGAUCUGGUUAUCACUGACUACUGCAUGCCUGGAAUGACUGGUUACGAGUUGCUCAAGAAAAUCAAGGAGUCGUCCACUUUCAGAGAAAUUCCGGUAGUGAUCAUGUCAUCGGAGAACGUCAUGACUCGAAUUGACCGGUGUUUGGAGGAAGGAGCAGAGGACUUCAUAGUGAAACCGGUGAAAUUGUCAGACGUGAAACGAAUACGAGAUUACAUGACAGCCAGAGAUUUCAGAAUGAAAGACCAACAAAAAGGCAACAGCAACAACAACAACAGUAAUAAGAGGAAGUUAAGAGAGAGUUGUGAUCUCUCUUCCUCGCCACCGUCAAACUCAUUUGCGUCAUCAUUAUCACCAUGGCUCUCUCCGUCCUCAUCUCUAUCUUCCCCAUCGUCUCCAUCACCGUCGCCGUCAUCAUCACCAUCACCAUCACCGCCGAUAUUGUCCUAUUCGGCGCCUUGUUCUCCCACGACGUUAGAUUCUCCUACCAGACGGCUGAAAGUGAACAUCUCGGAUUAGACCCUUUAUUGCCCCACCCAACCCAACUAUUUUUAUGUACCUUACAAUUAGAAAAAGGAGAAAAUCCCUUUUGCAAUGUCAGCAAUUCUCCGUUAGUUCUAACGGUUUUUGUUGCUUUUUGGCUCCUCCUGUUUUUGGGGGGCUUUUGUUUACUUUGUUCAUUAGUACAAUAUUAAAAUGAAUAGCUGAGUAAUCAGGAAAUCAAAAAUGAUGAAGAUGAAUGAAGUGGGUGUUUGAAAUGGAAAUGGAAAAAUGAUGCCUUGUUUCUUUUUUAGCCA